GAUGAGAUGAGAGGAACACAUCUGUUCAGGAACAGAGAAGGAGGGCAAGCACGACAGCACGCAAGUGCAAAGGAAGAAAGAGACAGAAGUUUUUUGGAAGUGCUGGCAUCAAUCCUUUAAGUCCUCAACACAAGAGAGGCCACCAUCCCAGUUUCAGCAAAGAUGGCGGCGUGAGGAGGAAGAUUGACAUUGGGUAACAUUGGUAUUAUGGCGAUGUUUUGGACAGCAGUUGUUUUCUACAUGUGUGGACGUAUAGUGGAAGUUCAUGGAACGGCUGAUAAAGAUGCACUGCCAACCAGUUCAACAAGAUCAGUUACAUCUACCGCUUUACCCACUGUCAUACCCACAGAAGAUGAGAGCAUUAAACUUGUGGAUUGGCUCACGAAGUAUGGAUACCUCCCACCCCCUGAUCCCUCCACAGGUCAGUUACAGGCUUGGACAGCUGUCACUCAAGCAGUGAAGAAAAUGCAGAGGUUUGCUGGUUUGGAUGACACAGGAGUCUUAGAUGAAGAAACUGUUCAACUGAUGCAGACACCCCGUUGUUCACUUCCGGAUGAUGAUGAUCAAACCAUCCAGCUAUCAGCAUUACAUGGUGAAAUGGAAAAUCAAAGGAUGAAAAGAGCAGUUUCUACUUGGACAAGAAGAAAUAUCAACUGGAGGCUGCGCUCUUACCCAGCAUCUUCUAAACUGUCCCGUGAAAUGAUUCGCUCCCUUGUGUACUAUGCACUCCGAGUGUGGGCCGAUCCAACAUUGCUGGAGUUCCAUGAGGUGCGAGGACCAGAGGGAGCGGAUCUCCAAAUAGAUUUCUUGCAUGGUCCCCAUGGAGAUGGAUAUCCCUUUGAUGGAGCGGGUGGAUCUGUUGGCCAUGCCUUCUUUCCAUCAGAUCCAGACAGGGCGGGUGGAGUUCACCUGGAUGCAGAGGAGGAAUGGGCCUUCAGACAACCAGCAACUGAGGGCACAGAUCUGUUCACGGUGCUGGUGCAUGAACUUGGCCAUGCCCUCGGACUGACGCAUUCAUCAGCACGGCAAUCUGUAAUGCGUCCAUACUACCAGGGGCCCCUGGGAGACCCACUACACUUCAGCCUGGGACAUCACGACCUUCAACACAUCACAGCCCUUUAUGGUAAGAGGGGUAACCAUAUUCCAACUGACGGACCUCUUCUUGUGACAGAAGCUCAAUUGCGUCAUCGAAAUGGAGGAAUACACAGACUCACACACAUGUACAGACAUGCACACAAUCAUUUGGACAGUUCUGUGGAUCGCUGUAACACCAGUUUUGAUGCAGUUGCCAAGAUUCGAGGAGAGAUUUUCUUCUUCAAAGGGCAGAACAUGUGGAGAGUGAGCAGAGGUGGUCUCGUGUCAGUCAGAGCUGUUCCUGUACAGAGACUUUGGUCGGCUCUUCCGUCUUCACUGCCUCCACUGCGAGCCGUUCUGGAGAGACACACAGAUCAUGCCAUCAUCUUUAUCAGUGGUUCCCAGGUUUGGCUGUUCAAGGAUCUGUCACUCCAAGAGGGUUUCCCUCAGCCUCUGUCUACUCUGGCUCCGGAGGACUCAGAGGGACGGUGGCAAGGAUUGCACUGGGACCCUACGCAAGGUGUGAUGUGGGGGUCUGUGAAAGAGGACGGCGAGAAAGGAGAAAGCCCAGAGGAAAGCGAUGUCUGGAGAGAGCUUAUUGAAGGAGGAGUGAAUGGAAUUAUCACUGAGAAUGAUGACGAAAGAGAAAGGACUAGAGACUUUAAGGGUUCGACCUAUGUUUUCAAAGGCAAUUCCUAUUGGAAAUUUACUCACCCAGGCUCAGCCCCUGAACAAGGAUACCCCCGGCUUCUGGCCACCGAUUGGUUGGACUGUCCUCGGCCGUCCUCUUACAGCCCCGAUGAUAUCUCUUUGAUCUCCCACUACGGUCAACAGGAGCUUCAUGAGCAGAAAGGGCAAAGAAUAAUCGACCAGAUCAGGCACAAAGAUAAAGAUAAACCUCAUCGCUGGGAAUGUCCAUGUCUAAACAGUGCAGUGACUCAAAAUGAACAUAUUUUACUACUGCCGAUUUUAUUUCUGAUCAAUGUGAUUUGUUAACUGUCACUUUAAUUUUUUCCACAUCCAAGUUCACAAAUCAUACCCAAAAAUGACUUAUACACUGCCCGGCCAAAUAAAAAAAAAAGGAGCUGUUUGGAUUUUA